GACAACCAACUAUAAAACAGAGAAGGAUCUUAUCAUAUCUAUUGUUUUACAUUGUAGAAUCUUUCUUGUAGUUAUAGAUAGAUAAAGUCAAGGAGAACCAGGACAGGUUGACCAUGGUGGCGCAGGGGACUAAAGAGUUUUAUGUGGAGAGAGACGUUCUGGAUGAACCUUGUCUGGACGAGAGAGCCCGGAAGAGGACACAGUCUAACAAACCCCCCCUGGGACAACGGUUAAAAGAUUCCAUGAGAUGUUCAGUGCCCAGGUUGAAGCGCACUGUGCUGGGCUGUAUACCCGUCCUGUCCUGGCUACCCCAGUACCCCAUCAGAGAGAACCUCAUGGGAGACAUCGUCUCGGGCAUCAGUGUUGGCAUUAUGCACCUGCCUCAGGGUAUGGCCUAUGCACUUCUGGCAUCAGUUCCUCCUGUGUUUGGCCUCUACACCUCCUUCUACCCGGUUCUGGUCUACUUUUUCUUUGGCACGUCCAGACACAUAUCCAUAGGUACAUUUGCUGUGAUCAGUGUUAUGGUUGGCAGUGUGACAGAAAGGAUGGCACCAAACAGCGACUUCAUGAAUUACAAUGGGACCAAUGGAACUGCGGUGUUAGAUACAGUGAUGCAGAAUGCCUACAGGGUACAGGUGGCAUCUUCUCUCAGUCUGCUGGUGGGAAUCUUCCAGAUCCUUCUGGGUUUGGUGAGGUUUGGUUUCUUAGCAACAUAUCUCUCGGAGCCUCUGGUUCGUGGCUACACAACCGCUGCAGCCAUCCAAGUGGUUCUUUCACAGCUCAAAUACAUAUUUGGAGUUGAACAACCUAGGUUUAAUGGACCGCUCUCUCAAAUUUAUAGCUUGGUGAAUAUCUGUUCGCUGCUUCCUCAGACCAACAUCGGGACCCUUGUGGUCAGUCUCGUAGCUCUGCCCUUCCUCAUUCUGGUCAAAGAACUAAACUCCUGCUACAGGAAAAAGUUGCCAAUGCCCAUCCCCAUAGAACUCAUAGCGGUUGUUGCGGCAACAAUCAUAUCAUACUACACCAAACUGAAGGAUCAAUAUCAUAUUAGUGUUGUAGGAGAAAUACCCAGCGGGAUGAAUGCCCCUGUGGUCCCUGAUUUGACUCUCUUCCCAGACUUGAUAGGCGAUGCGUUUGCCAUAGCUGUCGUUGGCUAUGCCAUUGUCAUUUCCUUGGGCAAAACCUUUGGCCUCAAACAUGGCUACAAGGUAGACAGUAACCAGGAAUUGGUGGCUUUGGGUGUCAGUAACUCAGUCGGGGGGUUCUUCCAAUGCUACGCUGUGACCUCCUCCAUGUCCCGCAGUUUGGUCCAGGAGAGCACAGGGGGAAAGACACAGGUGGCUGGCGUGUUCUCUUCAGUCCUUAUACUGGUGAUUAUUUUGAAACUGGGCUCACUGUUUGAGGAACUGCCCAAGGCUGUCCUGUCCGUCAUUGUGUUCGUAAACCUAAAGGGCAUGUUCAUGCAGUUCGGAGACAUUGCGGUUCUGUGGAAAAAGAACAAAGUUGAUCUGAUGGUGUGGGUGGUAACUCUGGUGUGCACCAUUCUAUUAAACCUGGAUUUGGGCCUGCUCGCCUCCAUUGUCUUUGCCCUGCUCACUGUCAUAUUCAGGAGCCAAAUGCCGAGGUACUCUGUCCUGGGACACGUCCCCGGGACAGAGCUGUACCUGGACAUGGACACCUAUGAGGAAGCUAGAAAGAUACCAGGCAUCACCAUUUUCCAGUGCUCCACCACAGUCUACUAUGCGAAUGCUGAACUCUACAAUGAGGCACUGGAGGAGAAGUGCGGGAUUGACACUGAAAAGCUGUUGACCAUGAAGAAGCAGCAAGAAGCAAAGAUGAAGCGUAAGAAUGAGAAGGAGAAAAGAAAAACCCAAAAGAUGGCCAAGAAACUGAAUGGCUUGAAUGGCAUAAAUGGCUACCAAUCCAGUAACACAGACCAGCCUGAUGACAUUCAAGCUGAGAAGAACCGCUGGAAAGGGAUGAACGAAGGCGAGGCCUCCCCACGGACCUCACACCUUGGCCAGGGGAAUGGAAUGACCCUGUCCCCAAUGGAGAUCAACGGGCAGGUCAACUGGGCCUACAACAGGGAUGGCAUUGGCUCCGACUCUGACUCAGGAACUGACGAUCAUGGCGACGCGGAGACCAACGAGACUUCCAGCACUGGAAGGGAGGAAGACGAUGGAGGGGAGUGGCGGAGCCGGGACACACACACCAUCAUACUGGACUUCUCCACAUCCAGUUUUGCAGACACUGUCACAGUGAAAACACUGAAAAAUAUUUUCAGAGAUUUGGGGGAAAUUGGUGUGGACAUAUAUGUAUCAGGUUGCCAAGUAUGCGUAGUGGAGCAGUUGGAAACUGCAGGCUUGUUUUCUGAGUCCCUCCCCAAGAGUCUCCUCUUCCCCACCAUUCACGACGCCGUGUUACACAGCCUCAGACUGAGGGGGGGGACAGCCUUGCACAAUUAUGAGAACCACGAAUGUCCACUGGACAUGAACUGUGUGACCAAGAUGUGACCAAUAGGGGUCAGCUUUCCUCCACCUUCUUCAUGUUGCUGGUUUCCUGCUUCCAAUUGGUUGUCUUCUCUGCCCCCCCUCUUGUGAGGAGUAUGCACUACUAUGACUAUGACUAUGAGUGGUCAGUUGCCAUAGAGAGAAACAGAGCCAUUGCUUUAGAAACUGUCUUUUUAUGAUGAGGUAAUAAUGAGGUAUCACACAAGUCUCUGCAGUCCUCCUGUGUAUGUGUGAAAAAGAGAGAGAGGGAGGGAGGGGAAGCACAAGAGAGAAUGUAGCACUAGACGACUAGAAAUCUGUAUUUAUAGCAAGAGAGGAAGUGUAGAGAAGGAGUGAGAGGUUGACUGUGAGGACAAAACUGAGACUGUUUCUGUAAGGCAUUUGCGAAAGAUGUUUUUCAUUGUCAUUUAGGCCAAGUGAUACCUUUGUGUGCGACAAUCUUUUGGCAAAAGGGUUUUACCUUUAACACAAUGGAUACAUGAUUAGUCUCACCAUGAAGAUGGUUUGCUCUUCUCUUGAUAGGUCUGAAUAUUUGUCACUAUAAAGAACUAAAGACGUACCUACUGUACAGCAUCACAAUAUCAAGAUAUAUGUAUCUGUUGCUGUCAUUUAGAUUUAUUCAUUUAUCUUUUUUACAAACACUAAAAAGAUGAUCGACUUUCAAUGCAGCUGUAAA